AUGACAGAUGAUAAAUGUCAUUUUCAGCUGUGAUCUUAGUUGUAUUGGAAUGGAAAAUAAUUGUUCUUUUCGAUUAAAUUCAGCUAAAGUUUGCUAAGGUUUCAAUUAAACUAACCUUUAUUGAUGUACCGUAUUAGCCUUAACGUUGUGAGGGUUGUAGUAAGGUGCGAUGUGAAGUUAACAGUGAGCAAAUCAAGUUGAAGUUUUUUUUGUUUAUGAAUGACGUGUAAUGUUUCCAACGGCGGCGGGCUCUGAAGAUAUAUCGCAGGUCACGUCACUGAGUGAAAACACGAAUAGUUCGUCCAGCGAUGAACGUGGGGCCGCCGCAACUACACAAACUACCAAACAAGCGAGCAAGGAGAUAACCGCCAAUAUGCUUCUCAAGGAGAUGGUAUUCUGUAUAGCUCUAGCCCUCACCACCUACGCCGCUCUUCAUAACUCUCCAUCAAAAGUGUCAAAGCAUCCGCAGGCAGUGAGGUUCUUCAGUGAUGACUCAGAGGUGUCAGACUGGUACUCGGGACAGCUCACGGAAGCUCUGGAGGCCAUCAACAAAGCCGACCUGUCCCUGGUCAUGUACUAUGCUCCUUGGGAUGCUGAGUGCCAGUAUGUGAGAGGGGAAAUUGAGAAGGCAGCACAAGUGUUGAGUGAUAGGGUCCAUUUUUCUGCAAUAAACUGUUGGGAUCCUGGCAGUGAAUGUAGGGUUCUACAUAACAAAAUACCUUCAUGGCCAAUUAUUAUGGCAUACACUGUAACUUUCAAAGGUGUUAUUUAUAAAGGACCUAGAGAUGCUCAAAGCAUAAUAAACUUCAUGGAGUUACUAAUGCGGCCUUUAAAGAGAAUAUCAAGCACUGAUGAUUUAGUUAAUUUAUUAUCUGUCUGUGAUGCAGUAGCAGUAGGCUUCACGCCGCUCCUCGCCAGCUCGCACGACUACGCCGUGUGGUACAACGUGGCGCUUCGACUGGGCGAGGCGGGCGGGCGCGGCGCGUGCGCGGGCGUGGUGACGUCACGCGCGCUGGCGGCGCAGCUGGGCGCCGGGGAGCCGCCCGCCGCGAGUCUGCUGCUGUGGAACCGCACCGUAGAAUACACGGGCGCGUGGAACGAGACGGCCCUGUUCGACUGGAUAGCAGAACACUUCGCGCCCCCCGUCGCCCGCGUGUCCCCCCCGUGGCGGAAGGGGUUCAACUUCCUGCCGUAUGCUGAUGGGAAUCCGCUGCUGAUGCUGUUCACGCCCCUGAAUGCGCUGUAUGAGCAGAUUCCUAACUACUCUUUGUUACGUGAAGUUGCAAUGGAGUACUACAACUGUAAAGACGACACCAACCAAUGGGUGUCCGAGUUGCUCAAUCUACAGCGGGUACAGAGACUGCGCUACCAACAGAGGGACAUCAGGAAAUUCUGUCAAGAGCACACCCCGUAUAAGAUACCACCAAAGCCACCCAAAGUGCAGAAGAAAGCGAUAAUUUCAAGAAAUAACAAGUAUCCGUGGCAUAAUACAACGCAGAAUAAUCAUAAGACGAGUGUUUUUAAUUUUCUGCUAAAGCGGGGUCUAGCUAUUUCGAAAAUGAUGGAUAAUUCUGAGUCAAGUGAUGGGUAUGUGAACAUGUGGGGUUUGUUUGACAAGUGUUCGGCUAGUGUGUUCCCGGCUGAGAAGAAUUUCUACGAAGAUUACAAGUGUGAAGUGUAUGAGGAACUGUCGGAUCCUGAUGAAGAAAUUGUUAAUAAGAAACUGCCGGGCACUUCAAUGCUACCAACAGAAGAUGACAAUCUAUCAGCCGAAAAUUUAAUAGAAGAAAACAUAAAGCACUACUGCAGAGUCAUGGACUUUGCGUACAAGAUAAGUCCGCCUAUCAUGCCUUCCAGGGAACCUGCGGGCAAUGUGACUAGUAUUGAAGGGCUGGGGUGUGAGCAGAAUUUCACUCUAUACAUGGUCGCGCUAGACAGUGUGAGAAACCACCAUUUUGCCGAGUCACUCGGCAUUGAUAUAAGAAAUAAGGAGGAUAUGACUGCUGUUGUUAUUUUAGAUAGUAAGCACGAGAGCCAAUACGUGCUCUCCGAAUCCUACAACGAGAAGUCGCUCAAAGACUUCAUUUCUAACUUCGUGGCUCAGAAACUCAAGCGAACGCUUCGCUCCUCCAUCCCCGACGCUAUUCACACGCACUACUACGGGUCGGGGGGGCAAGGCGGGGCGGCGGGGGACGGGGUGGAGGUCAUUGACCUCACCACGAGGACGUUUAGGAGGAUCGUGAGGACGCCUGGACAGCUAACAAUAGUCCUGCUCUGCAACGGCGCAUGCCCGGCGCGCUGGAGCGGCGCGGCGGCGGCGGCGGCGCGGCUGCUGACCGCGUGCGGUCUGACCGCGCGCGCCGCCCGUCUGGACGCGCCGAGACACGACCUGCCCUGGCCCUACACCGUGGACACGCUGCCCGCGGUCAUAGUGUUCCCGCCGCAUACAGGAGCAGAGCCCGAGAGCCGCGCGCUGCCGCCGGGGUCCCGGGUUCGAGAGGGUUCAAUCGUGGCGCUCGCUCUCAACACUCUUCGCACGCCGCACAACGCACGAGUGAGGGUCGCACUGUGUCAGCGGACCAAGGCGUCAGCAGGCAAGAAGGCGUGUCUUCGAAACGUAAGAGAACACAUCACCUCAGUCAUCGGCCGCAACCUUAAAUACUGGCGACGAGCGCAGACCUACAAACUAAGAGACGCGAUCUCCAAGAGACUAGAAAUAUUACACCAAGUGCACUUCCACCUGUCACUUCUACACACUAGCGACCUCUAUGACAAAAACCAUAGACUAGAUAAACUACUCAAUUCCCUAACCUCCCUAGCAAAACACUGGGACAUUGACGUGUCGCUGUUAAAUACCAAAUCGAUUAAAAAGAAAACUGUGCUAAGUUGAUAUUUACUCCUAUUUUGUAUAUAGUGUACAUUUUAUUUAUUUAUUUUGUAUCUAUAAUAAUAUGUUGAACAGAUUAUUUUUCCUGCAUAGUUAUAAGUGAAAAUGUUAAUAAUAAAAAGCUUCAAGUUGAA